AUGGACGCACGGUUUGAUCACCUUCCGGAGCUCCUGUCGCGUCCAGGCACUCUGUUUUUCCCUCCGCGCGUGAGCGGAGUGAGACUAACAGCCGAAUUUAUCCCAGCCUGGGACCUUGCAGGCACCAUUGCCGUCACACCUGCGGGGUCUCUACACUUGAAGCUUUGUGGUAACCUGGGAUGGAGCGACGUCACUGAGUAUCUCCUUUCCGGUCUACCUCGUGCUGAAGACACCGCGGAUGUUUUCUGGGACAACGGAAAUGUGUUUAUUGCGGAGGACGUCGAAAGACGGCCCCUGCGACGGCGGCUAGACGAGGGAGGUGUCGGUGACGCUACCCGCCGCCUGGUACGGGGGGAAAGGAUAGCGGACGCCCGAACCGAGGAGUGCGCGAUCACGUUCGCGCAGCACGAGACGCUACCGCAGCACGACUAUCGAAACCACCCCCGCGCCCAAGCUCCCGAGAUCGAGCUCGUCAUCCCGUACCACUGCGUGCCGCUGUCAUACGCCAUCGACGGGAUAUGUUACGACCCGAACGAGCCUGUCUUCGCUCUGAACGCUCCAAUCGACGAGAAGUUGAGCAUUUGCCUAGGGAUGGAGGGUGUCCGACCUUCCCAUACACCCAAAGACGGCUUCUCCUCCAAGCAGCGCCGCGUGCGCAACAAGAAAAAUGGUCCGCCGAUCAUCCGCGCAAAGCUGGCUCGUAGGAUAGCCGCUGACGUGCAGGAGUUUCUGAAACACUACCCAGUGUCGCACAAGGGCAAGCCCGUCGAUUUCAACCGGUUGCACUUGAAGGAAGUGCGCCUGAAGUCGAAGGCUACGGGCCAGCCCGUCUUGUGCAUUCAUCGGAGCCCUUCUCCGAUGUCUGUCCCGGCAUCCCGGGGCAUUCGUUCGAUUUAG